AUGACUUAUCACCCAAAUGGAAAGAAGGCACAUUCAUCAAGUUGCGUCCCACCAUCUAGACAAGUCACCUACCCACCCCAUCCAGAUUCCAAGUACAGGCCGAACAUGUCCAACCUACUUACUACCUACGAGGUAGAUGAGCAAAGGACUAUCUACAUGUAA